AAAAUAUUAAUGUUAAUUUAAAGGCACAAGAAUUACAAGAACCACUUCAAAAUAAUAGUGUUGAAUCUUCAAUAUCUGCAACUAGUAUCAAAUCUUUAACAUUAACAAAUACUACUAGAUAUCAAUAUAAACAAUAUCAACAAAUUAAUAUUGAAAAACAAGCUCUAAAAGAUUUUUUUUUUAAACAAUCUAAUAAAUACUUAUAUUUUCUAUCUGCUAAUAAUGAAGAUAAAUCUUCAGAAGAUGAAUAUUUUAAUUCUGUAAAUUUUAAAGAACUAUUAUAUUCUCUUUUAAAUGUGCCAAAUACAAAUUAUAUUAAUUCUUAUUCGUCUA